AUGACAUCUAAUAGCGCUGAAUCUAUGAAUGCUUUAUCAAACCAUGCCCGAAAAAUUCCAAUAACCCAACUGAUAGAAUUUUUCAUACAAUCUGUCCAAAAAUGGUUCUAUGAUCGCCGGAAAGAGGGAAUUCAAGGGGAACACUUGCUUACAACGUGGGCUCAAAAAAAAAUUCGAGGCAAAGUUGAAGGUUCUCGUUCGUGGGUGGUUGCUGGAAUUGCCCAGGACAGUUUUGAUGUUGAUGACGGUGGAAAGAGAGGUUUAGUUGACUUCUCUAAUGGAACAUGCAGUUGUCGGGUUUGGCAAGUAUCUGGGUUACCUUGCGGGCACGUUACUGCGGUAUCUAGAUUUUUAGGUGAACCAGAUUGUGCUCAUUAUGCGAUGUCAUUUUACACUAAUGAAGUUUAUAAAUCCACGUAUGAGGAGCAUAUAAAUCCAGUCCCUGAUAAAUCAGAGUGGGAAGUACCCGAUGGACUGGUGAAUCUGCAACCACCGCUUAUUACACAACGACAAGCCGGACGUCUGAAAGAAAACAAACGAAUCCUAUCACUAGGAGAGGACCCAACUCCCCUAUAUUGCGGUAAGUGCAAAACGUAUGGGCAUUCACGUGCGAGCUGUUUAGCACCGCCCAAAACAAAGACUUCUUCUCGCACCGUCUCUAAGCCACAACCCACAACCCACAACCGUCCAAGUUGA